AUGGAUGCUAUUUUAAGCGCUGUUCUAUUGAUUCUACCGUAUACCGUCCAAGGUCUGUUCCUUGACACUAUGAUGUCCGAUUGUUACGGGAUCCCAUUCAUGUGUAACCUCAAGAAAAAGGGAGAUAACUCACAAGAAGAAUCAGUCAGUCCAUUUAUGGCCGGAAGUUUCUCAGGAAGCAACCUCCAGAACAAGGGAGAUCACUCUAAUAAAGAAUCAGUCAGUCCAUUUAUGGCCGGAAGUUUCACAGGAACCGGAAGUUUCAAUAGCAUGCAGAGUCAGUCGGGUAUUUCGAACGCGGGAAAAAUGCAUUACAAUACUGGACAGAAUCCGAUGGGCAUGACGUCAGGUGGGAAACAUGACGGGGAAGAAGUUCAAAAUCCGUUCUUCCAGACACAACAAAAAAUGCUUUCCGGAGACUUGGCCGGAACUAUGAAACAGGAUUUCGCCGGUCAAACAACAGACACAGGAGCUGAAAACAUGGGGAGCGGCAUUGGUAUUGGUCAAGCCGGUACACAAGCAGGUGAACAGGUAGGCGGGGCAAUGUUCGGUCCGGGGAUGGUGUCCGGAGCCAGCAACACGCAACAGUUUGGGCCUGGGGGCAUGUCUAGUAACGCCGGGGACAUGUCGGGUUUUCCGGGGACAAUGGCCGGGUCACAGGGCGCACAAGGUGGGGGAUAUCUUGGAUUUUCUGGUAUGGGGGGAUUCCCUGGGUCAUCCGGGAUGUCAGGGGGAUUCCCCGGAGGAUCGGGAGGGGGAUUUCCCGGUGGGAUGUCCGGCGGCAGCGAGACUACACAACAUGGAACUACAGGCUCUUCCAUGACAACCAGUAAACAAAAAGAUGGUAUAUGUGAGGUUAGCUGGACCCGAUGCCAACAGAGGUGUAUAACUGUCGACCCUGACACUCGGUGUCCUGUUUGUACUUGUGGUUAG